AUGGGCAUCUCACUGCACGACAUGCCGCAGAGCGACCUAGACGCGCUGGCAGCGAUGUUGUCGUUGCCGACGGACCACCUCGACCGCGUCGAUAGCGGCAUGGUGCGGCCGUCGGGCAGCUGGCUGGCGGACCAGGCGGCGCUGACGGCGCAGCUUCCCAGCGGACUACUGCGACCGCCGGCUCCGCUCAACUGGGCAGUGCAGGCGUCGCAGAUGGCCAAGCGCGUAGCCAUGGGGGUGUCAGGCGGCGGCGACGCGCUGGCAGCCCGGGCCGCCAGCGAGGGUGUGCGGCUAGAGGCGAGGCUACGGCCACGGACAGCGCCCACUGUCCUCUGUCCGGCCCAUCGGAAGAUGCACCCGGCGCUGAUCCGGGAGGUGUUUUACUACGUGACGCGAGAGGUGGCAGACCGGGCAGAUCCAGUGAGACGCCACAGCCGAGGGGAUUGCGAAUACGUCAUGUGUCGGUCUGUAACGGUGCGCGACUGGGGCAACCGGAUGCUGGGCGUCUGCGCGCUCUGGUCUGAUCGCCACACCUUUGGUCGGCUCGAGCAAGGCACGUUGGGGACGAGCAGUGCGACCGAGACGGCAGCGGCAGCGACGGCGACACGGCGACACAUCGAGGCCGGCCAGCGAAUGCCACACCUACAGCUGCCGUGUGAAGUGUGCGUGCUGGCGGCGAUGGCGGCACAGAGCCAGACGCUGUCGUGGGUCACGGCCUUUGGCGACGACGACGCGGCCGAGAUCCGGCGACGAAGCCAGACCCUGGCCAAAGAGCUGUACGUCGUGCGGCUGUGCGAGUGUCGACGACGUCGCCGUCUGGACCAGAACCGCCUUGGUCAUCACUAUCGGUACCUGCACGCACGAUAUCAGAGCGGCAGCGGGCCAGCCAGCAGCAGCAGCAGCAAGAAUCCCGCACGCAUGGCCACCAAGCAUGGCCACCGGCUGCCUCUGCCGCUGCUGCCAAGCAGCCAAGACGCCUGGAGCGGGCUGACUGAUCUGCAGGCGACUGUGGGCCGAGAGGAGGCUGAGGCUGAGGCUGAGGCCGAGGGGCCUCUCCGGGCCAGUCGCGUCUACCAGAGACGCAAUCUGGCCGGAAGCCUCGCAGAAAGCACAGCCCACCAGCUAGAGAAGCCGGCCGAAUGGGAAGAAGCUUAUCGACGUCACGUGCUCGAGAGCAGGUCUGAGGUGCCUCCCUGCGACGGCGACGCCGAUGACCAGGCCUCGUUUGUCACCAUGACCGUUCACACGGAGGCCGGACCCUCAGGGCAGGUUGCUGUUGUCCCACCGAUCAUGGAGCUGCCGACGCCGCCACCAUCGCCGUCAGCGGCGGUGUCUGUGGUGCCAGCACCGUCCAGCGUGUACUCCCAGGGCGACAAGGCUGGCGAGGAGCACGUGACUUCUCGAAAACACGUGACGUCGACUUACCGGCCGCCAGCGGGCGUGCGGCGGCCGGUGACGCCGGCGUCGUACGUGGCGCUGCAGGCGGACGUGACAGCGUCAUUUGCGGAGGGGGCGACCAAGACGUCGACGAGGGCGUCGACGAGAGUGUCGGCAGCGAGACCACCGGCAUGCAGACCACCACCCCCUUCCGCGUACUCUCACCGCGCACGCACGCAUCACGACGACACCGCCUCGACGGUGCUGCCGGACGACUCCAUCAGCUGCGUGAUGGACCGGCGGCGAGAGCGGGAGGUGCGCGAGCAGGAACGGGAGCGUGAGUGGGCAGAACGACGAGAGCGGCGGCGGGAGCGCGAGGAGCGCCAGAGACAGCGGGACAAGGGGGGUGGUGGAAAGAGCAGCGGAAAAGCCAGCGCAAAGGACAGCGGAAAGGCAAAUGCUGGCAAGAACGGCAGCUCCAAGCAUCCUCCUGCGGCUUCCUGCCGUCCACCGCAUCGCGAUCUGCCACGACACCGACAGCCGGCCGCUGCCCCCAAGACGACGUCACAGGCGCCGACAAUGGCCGAGACUGACUACACGGCCACGACAAGGUGGCCAUCGGGACGAGGACGAUGA